CACCCAGCGAACUUAUCACAAACGUGACUUUUGUGCGUGGGCCUGUGCCGUCUUUGACCUCGCUAGCGGAUCUCGGGCCUGCCGAGGUACACAAAAGUCUAUUAUUCACGGCCCUUCCUCUUUUUCCCCUCAAUCCACAUCCCUCCCGCAGAAUCCCCCUCCCCCGUCUUAUGCGCCUCACCCUCGCAACCCAUACUCAACGCUCAUAAAAAUUAAAAAAUUCACAAUGCACGCACGAACCCCUUCUGUUGACCUCGCCAGUUUGUCCGAGCUCUUUUCACGUUUGGCAGCAGGUGGCAAGGACGUUACCGCGAGUCGGGCAAUUCCAGUCCCUCCUCCCAUGUCCCCCACAUCAUCUAUCGGUUCCCUCCCUGACCUCUCACUUUCCCCCACGUCCACCAGGUCCAGUUUCUCCUUCAGUACUAUGUCCGAUGACUCCGACGCGUCGAGCUCCGACGACGACCAUGUUCAUGUCCCUCUUUCCCCCACCGACCCUCGAGGCAGAACUUUUCAGAGAGCCUUCAAUCGAGGCAAGCCAAAGGUCGCUUCCCCCGGAGACAACAAGGAUUUCACGUUCAAACUUAAGGUUAACGAUCUUUAUGGGAUCACGGAGUUCACGGACAUGGUUCAGGGUGUAAUCAAGCAGUCCAAGAAGACGUAUCGUCCUCUUCCUGAUCACAUGAGGCCUAAACCCCGCAGAGAGAACAGGAAGAGGGACGGUAGGGACGACGACGACGAGUAUUCCGAUCGCGACGAGAUCGCGACUAUGAAGCCUAAGUACCCAGAGGGCUUGGGGCUCGGGUCACCGCCAAAUGGCGUCAGACCCAUCAGGGCGGCGAAGAAGAGAUGCGUAGGAAAGACAGGGAGCGGUCGUGAGCCGCAGCCAUUGGAGAUUGGGCGUGUUUACGAGGUCGAUGACAAGUCCCCCGUCUCCGGCUGUCCCUCAGCCACAGUGCCCAUCAUAUCCAUCCCUACUCCUUCCGAGUCCAAACUGUGCUCGAUUCAGGAGCUUAACGAGCGUGCCGCGCCUGUUGCAGGGGUUCCCACCUUGGAAGAGGCUGCAGACACCGCUACCAGACAGAAAAACAUCAAUACUCCCAAGCCCUUGAUUAACGUGCUAGGCUCUCGUGGCCGUAAACCAAAGGAGCUUCGUUUUGGGGGACCUACCUUAUCACGACGUCUCUGAUGAUGUUUCGCGCUUACGAACUUCCAUGAACCGGUCUGUAUUUUUAUCUGUCAUUUAUUGUACAUAGCAUGCACGAACGGCGAUUUCAUACCAUGUAGCAAAGCAUGGUCUUCGUUUUCUUUUUUCUCUUUCUUGUUUCGUUUUUGGUUCUCCUUUGGUCUUCGUUUCUUCUUUCUCUGUAAUUUGUAGUGUUGUACUUUUUCCUCGUUCGAUUGUGAUUUUGUUGAUAGCUAGCCGGACUGAAUCAAUCUCUUUUCUUCUGACGUUGACCUGCGGAAUGCGCCUUACUGUCGACCCAAUUUGCAUGAUCAUGAACCAAUGAUGCUGCCCACCCUCGGUAUCGUUCACACAUGCUAAGAUAACAUGCGUACCAUCCGAUCUGCAGUGCAACAUCAGCAAAUCAAAACGAAAUUUCGCG